AAUUUAUCAUAUUCGUAACUGUUAACUGCUUCAUAACCCACCACCAAUGGCCGCUGCAGACGCCUCUCCGGAAUUCCGCCCAGAAAUUUCAGUCUCUCCGGUGGUGACCCACGACGGCUUACAGUUCUGGCAAUACAUGGUGGCAGGCUCCAUCGCAGGUUCAAUCGAGCACAUGGCGAUGUUUCCCGUGGACACUCUCAAGACCCGAAUGCAAGCCAUAACAGGGCUGGAUCCGGCUCAUCAUGUCGGAGCCCGGCGAGCUCUCGGUUCGAUCCUGAAACUGGAAGGCCCUUCCGGGCUCUAUCGCGGCAUCGCCGCCAUGGGUCUCGGAGCAGGUCCCGCACACGCCGUGUACUUCUCUGUUUACGAAGUCUGUAAAGAGAAAUUCUCCGGCGGAAAUCCGAACAACCCCGCCGCCCACGCAGCUUCCGGAGUCUGCGCCACCAUGGCGAGCGACGGCGUGAUGACGCCGAUGGAUGUAGUGAAACAGAGAUUACAGCUGAAGAGCAGUCCAUACAAGGGAGUGUGGGAUUGUGUAAAGAGAGUGUCCAAGGAAGAAGGGGUCGGUGCCCUGUACGCGUCGUACCGUACGACGGUGGUGAUGAAUGCGCCGUUCACAGCAGUGCAUUUUGCGACGUAUGAGGCAGCGAAGAGAGGGCUGACGGAGCUGUCGCCGGGGAACGCAGAAGACGAAAGAGCGGUGGUUCACGCGGCAGCGGGAGCUGUGUCAGGGGCGGUGGCUGCGGCGGUGACAACGCCACUCGAUGUAGUGAAAACUCAGCUACAAUGCCAGGGGGUGUGUGGGUGUGACAAAUUUUGCAGCAGUUCGAUAGGGGAUGUGAUUGAGAGGGUGGUGAAGAAAGAAGGAUACAGGGGGCUCAUCAGAGGCUAUGUACCCAGGAUGCUCUUUCAUGCUCCUGCUGCUGCUAUUUGCUGGUCCUCUUACGAAGCUUCCAAGUCUUUCUUUCUUUCUUCCUCUUUAAAUUCUUGAUGCUACUUAUGCUUCCUCUAUUUUGGAUCCUCUAGUCUCUGAGAUCCACAACUCAACCAGAGUCUCGUUAACCGGUGACUGUAUAUAUGAUUCUGCCUACUCUCCUCCCACCAAAUGUUGGUUCAAGUGCUAUCUGUGUAUAUAUACAUGUGUGUGCAUCUUUAUCAACUGCUUUUGCAUUCCUGGGAAUGGAAUAAAUGAUUGUUACAGAAA